AGGGUAAUCUUUACGCGCCGAAGAGUGCCCUUUAUUGGGCAUGACACGAAGCAUCAGUAAGAUGAUCGCCCUCAGCGCUAAGCUGAACGGGUCCAUCGGACUUCCAGACCAUGGACUGCUUGUUGUCGGCAAACACAGUCUUCUCAAAGCAUUGUCUUUCAAAAAGCUUCUGCCAAAGUUUAACGGAGAAGUAGAUGAAAAAAAGUGGGAAGUGGCUAUGUCAAUGCUCCCCACUUCUGGUAGUCUUCCGCUUUUCUUCAAUCAGUCCCGUAUCAUCUCUCUGCCUGACUCGUCUUCAAGGCACAACACACCAUCAAGCUGCCACGUUUUGACCAAAGAACUCAGAACAUUUCCGAUUACAGAGGAGAAUUGCAAACUCAACAUUGUUCUCGUUUGUGAAGCCGGGAACGUCUUUGCCAGUGUUGCUGCAAUUGCACGUGCAUUCCCAGUAUUUACUCGGAAGACUGAUCCACCUCCAAAAGUAGAUCUCACUAUCGAGUUAUGCUUGCCAGAGGGAGAAGAGCUUGCCAAAGAAGAUCUCGAACUUAUCGAAAACGUAGCGUACUCAAUACGCGAAACUUGUCGCAUGAUUGAUGCUCCGUCAAAUGAAAUGUCCACAGAUGCUUUGUUAUCGGAAGUCCUCUCCGUAGCUGAUGAGCUUGGUCUAAAAUCCAUUGCGAUAACGGGAGAAGAGUUGGAGAAACAGGGAUUUGGCGGUAUCUGGAGCGUUGGCAGAGCUGGUCCGAAUCCACCAUCAUUUGUGGUGGUUAGGUAUGAACCAGAAAAUGCUACUAAAAGCUACUGUCUCUGCGGUAAAGGUGUCGUAUUCGACAGCGGCGGCAUGCAGAUCAAGGGAAAAACUGGAAUGCCUGGUAUGAAGAGAGAUAUGGGUGGCGCAGCUGGUAUGCUAGGAACAUUUUACUGUUUGGUAAAGUCAGGCUUUUCGGAGAAACUUUAUCUCUGCCUAGCCAUUGUGGAGAAUAGCGUCGCAAACUUCGCCAAUAAGCCGGACGACGUCAUUACCAUGCUUAGCGGAAAGACUGUAGAAAUCAACAAUACCGAUGCCGAGGGCCGCCUUAUCUUAGCUGACGCUGUGUAUUAUUCAAAACACAAGCUCAAGGCCGAUGUUAUUAUCGACAUGGCCACUCUUACUGGUGCGCAGGCCUAUGUUUCUGGAAAAUAUCACGCAGCUCUUCUCACUAACUGCGAGGAAUGGGAGCAGAGAGUCUGUCUGGCCGGUCGUCUUUCGGGUGAUUUGGUGGCGCCACUAGUCUUCUGUCCAGAUCUUCAUUUUUCGGAUUUGAAGAGUCCCAUUGCUGACAUGCGCAAUAGCAAUCUCGGCAAAAUGGAGGGUCCCCCCUCAGCUAUAGCUGGACUUUUCAUCGGUGCUCACAUCGAUUUCGGAGAAGGUAUCAAAUGGAUGCACCUCGACAUCGCUUCUCCAGCUGAGUGCGGUGAUCGUGCUACUGGUUACGGACCUGCUUUGCUCAGCUAUCUCCUUGGGCAUUUAACUAAGGCUCCCAUGUUUUCGAAGAAUAGUUGAAGAAUAUUAGGCAUCGAGUGAAAAUUAUUUUUGUUGUUAAGAGCCAUAUACAUGCUGUC